AUGACAGCAACAGCACCAGCACGUUCGCAUGGCUUCGAUCGCCAACACAGCCUUUUGCAGCUCGACUGCAGCGCCGACCUGCGACACUAUUCGCGCAACCUCGGGCCAGGCGUCCAGGAGCGCAUCUUCCAGACCACGAGCGACGCCCUGCGGAAACAACUCGACGAGCAUCGCGACUUCCUGCUCCGGCAUCAGCAGCAGCAACCGCGGCUGGCUCCUACCUCGUCGGUAGUCAGCGGCCCAGCGCCGCCAACUCCUCAGGCAUACCCACAGCCUCAUCCCUAUUCUCAGGCGUCGCAGCCCCCUCCCCUCCAGGCCGCCGCACCGCAGCUCGUCCAUCGCCGCCCCGAACCCGCCAUCGUCCCCGGCGACAUCAGCACAUACCCGCUCGCCCUGCGCGAUGCCCUGUAUUCGCAGAAGCUGAUUCCGCGGGCGCAUGACGGCCGGUCAGCGUAUCAUGUGGUAGUCAGCAGCAAGAACCGCGAUCUGGGCGAGGAUACAAAGGUCGUAGGGACUUGCCCGAGCAUGCUGGCAGCGAAUGAACUCGCGGCGCGGUACUUUGUCGAACAUUGUCUUGUCGAUGUUAUUGAGCCGAAGUUUACGCAGCUGGCGAGCGGCGCGUUGCACUGCGGUGCGGGACCUCACAACGUUUAUGUGCAAGAGGGCAGGAUGGAAUGA